UCUGCCUCUGCCUCUGCCUCUGCCUCUGCCGAUUAAAGGUGUAUACCUCUACCACAUGGCCUAGUGGUUUCUUUUUGCUUUCUUUACUUCCUUGUUCUGCUAAUGUGAAGCUGAAGGGAGGAAAUCGAAGCUUGAACAUCUGUGGUCAUAGCUGAGGAAUGAUUUAGUGUGCCAAGUAUUUGCUAUGCAAGCAUGAAGGCCUGAGUUCAGAUCCUCUAUGAAAGCCAGCACUUACAUGAAAUCUGGGCCUGCUGUGUAGAUAAUGUUAUCCCUGGCUCAAUAUCUGAGAAAAGAGGACCACGGGCUCACUGGCCAGCCAGUCUAGCCCCAACAGCAAUCUCAGGGACCAGGGAAAAGCUUUGGCUUUGUUCUUUUAGACAAGGUCUUUCUAUGUCUGCUGUCCUGGUACUCUCUAUGUAGACUGCUUGCCUAUGGGAUUGUAGGCACAGUGUGUGUGUGUGUGUGUGUGUGUGUGUGUGUGUGUGUGUGUGUGUGUGUGUGUGUGUGCUGGUAAGACUAUGUAUGUAUGUAUAUAUGUAUGUAUGUAUAUGUGUGUAUACAUAUAUAUGCUGAUAAGACUCUGUUAUUAAAACAAUAAAGAAAGCAAUUGUGAUAGUAUUGAGAACUAAAUCCCAACUUACACAUGUGCCUGUGUAGCUCAUGCUUGUGUAGUUCUUUCUAUCCUCUGUGUACCCCACAUCCACAGAUACAUACAAACAUCUAUAGUAGAUCAAGGGGGUUACUCCUUUUAUUCUUUUUUUUUUUUUAAGCAGAAAAUGGAAAGGAAGAUUCAAGUGUGAAUGAAGUCUCUUGGUUUAGAGACUCCAGGAAUUUUUGUUGAAGGAUCCAAUUUGAGAUCUAUAUAUGGAUGUUAGUUUUGUUUUCCAUCACGGGGCCAGGACACAGUGUUAGGUGCUGCUAGUUUUAAGUUUCUGUUGUAUGGUCUCAGAGAAACUAGGGUCUGUUCUACAGCACAGUUGUUAGCAUACUUGGGUUUCCACUCUUCAAUUUGAGUUCUGCAUCUUGAAGCCUUGCUUAUGUGGGAAAUGCUGCUCUCUGCUGGUGAGAUGAGGAAUACCCACAGCGGUUUGAGUGAGUUGAUCGGGACCCAGCAAAGUUGCACGGACUCAUAAAUACUUUUUUCUUUCGUAUCCAUGACUCAAUCCCAAGACUUAUUCCUUUGAAAAUUAUUCAGUAGGCAUUAGAAAAGAUACAUUGUAUGGUACUUAACUGUCUGUAAGUGCAAAAUAUUUUACAAAGCUGUUGACCACUGCUUAAUUAUAUGUCUACACAGAGCAGUAGCCAUAGCUGCAAAAUGUGGCCAGGCAAAGCACAACAUAGCAGAAUGCAAACACCACAAAAUAACUCCCAAGCAGAACACAGAAAUGGCAGCGUUGAAAGAUCUAUCUCAUGUAGCCUAGGGCAGCAUCUUAUUUGCAAACUGGGUUGUCAGUAGUAGAGAUAAAUCCCUUGGAUGUUAGUAUUGCUAGUGAACAGUUGGGGAAAGGGACCACCCAAAUAACUGACAGCUUAGCUAACAUCUGGAAUGAGGGUAAGGAGACCAGGCAAGGUAUGGUAAUCUGGUUUCUUACCUCAUUUCUCCAUCUUGACUAUUCCUCUAAAAUUGUGACAGAUAAUCCUUUGUCAUUGUUAUACUUGUCAUUUUUUGUGAGAAAGAGUGAGUAUUCUAUAAGAAGAAAUGGGAUUCUUGAGUUAUGGAGUACAUACAGUUUGAAGUUUGAAAGGAGCUAUAUACAUCAGCUGCCAGAAGUAUAAAACAUACCCAUUUUCUCAGAGUAAAAUAAAAUAAUCACGAUUUGCCAAUCUAAUGAGUGGUUUAUGUUUCUCUUUUUUUCCGUGUGUGUGUGUGUGUGUGUGUGUGUGUGUGUGUGUGUGUGUGUGUUUGUGUUUUGCUCUGUGUGUGUUUUGCUGUAAGGUAAACCUAGAUACCCUACCUUUCAGCUACAUUCCUAACUAGAGAAACAGUUGGUAAUAAUGGAAAGUGGCUUUUUCACUGUAUACACACUAAUCUUUUUUAAAAGAAAUUUAUUUUUAAUUGUAUGUGUGUAUAUUUGCAUGAAAGUGCAGGUACCCUGGGAGGCCAGAAAAGAUUUCCUGGAGCUAGAGUACCAUGAUUGCUUAGUUUAUUAUCAAUCCCCCUGCAAUGAUAUCUUUUCUACUCCUGCAUAAGCAAGUAUUCCCAUAGGUUAUACAUUCCUAGAAGAGCAUUUUAAAGAUGGAUUUGGUUUUACGAAAUAGAACCACAAAUGGUCUCUUAGCGUACCAGCUUAUGUGAUGACUUUAUAGUGGAAGAUGCUAAACAGUGAUCCUGAAAACUAGUUUUCACAGUGAUCCAUUUUAUAUAGGAGAAUUUACUUUCCCAACAGCAUAAGAAUUGUAAGUAGAUAAUUUUUAAGGGCAUGACCAAGCAAAUUCUUAGGCUGGUAAGAAUCGCAACUGACUAACUCAGUUAAGAAACUCAGAGAAAGGGAUAAUCUAUGAGAUUACUUUGUGCGUAUCCAGUAUACAUUCCUUUGCCUAUAUCCCUCAUAGGUUUGUUUGUUUGUUUUUGUCUUUUUUUUUUUUUUUUUUUUUUUUGGCUGAAGCGACAUUCAAAUCCUUCGCUAAUGUUUGGAUUUUUUUUCCUAAGGAGCAUUAUUAAGAAGAGAUACUUGAACAAGUUCAAGGAAAGAGUUCCUGAAAGUCAUUGGUCUUUCCUCACAUUCUCUCACUGUUUGCCGUACUGCUUUUGUCUUAAAAAGCCCAGAGUGAGUUGGAGGUGCUGCAUAGAUCAUGCCUUACCUUCCAAAUGAAGGUUUGCUCCUAAGAAUCUAUCUCUGAGAGAAGGCACAGAGGAGGAGAGGUAGUGUUCAAGUCACCAGUGGAAGCCCAACAUCUUUUAUUUGAUAUCUAGUUUUAAUUCCUUGUUUAUUUGGAAGCUUUAUCAGAAAAUAAAAGUGCUCUGGCACAUAGUAGGCUUCUUUAGCAGUACUACUUCACAGUUCAGUUCAGUUUUAUUCCAAGAAGCCCCUCCAGGGUUUUUGGGUUUGUUUUUGUUGUUUGUUCUUUGUUUUGUUGUUGUGUUUGAGACGGGUUUCUCUUUGUAAUAACCCUGGCUAUUCUGGAUUUGCUUUGAAGACCGGACUGGCCUCAGACUUACAGAGAUCCACCUGCCUCUGCCUCCUGAGUGUUUGGAUUAAAGCUGUACACAACCAUGCCAGGCCAGAAUACUCAGCUAUACAUUUAGAUGCCAAUACCACAGUGAGGAUCUGCUCCCACCCCAGCUGAGACAGACACCUCUUCUCUGAGCACACAUGUUUUGUCCCUCAUCUCAGAAGUGUCCUGUGUCUCCUCCUGGCUUGAUCACCACAGAGAGAGGAUCUUGACAUAGAACAGGGCUUGUUCAGUGUUGACUUGCUUUCAAUGUUGAACUCUUUGUCAGAGAUGAUGUCCCCUUCCUUACCUCUAGGAGAUGUGUGACAGAGAUUCUUGUGGGAAAACUUGACUCAUUGUGUUCAAGAACAAAGAAAAUAUUAACUGUUUCUAGAUUUGUGAGUUUGUAAAAGUUUCUUAGUGACAGGAUAGUAUUUUACAUUCAGUAUAGUAUUUUCAACUAAGAUGGCUGGAUCCUAGUUUUGUGUUUUGGUUUUGAUUUGUAAAGAAAGUGAAUUUAAAGGAAGACUAGUGGAUUAGAAAGAACAUAGUCCCAGUUGGUCUUUCAUGAUAGCACUCUAACUUAAUGUUCAAAGAGGAAGGUUAGUUAAGGUCUUUUUUGAAACACCCUGAUAGAGUUAAAAUAAUAUCUUCAACCUUGAUAGCUACAAAGUGGUGAGGUGGCUCACCUUUUUAUCAUGCAGAGUAAAUAGUGCACUCAAGUUGCUAGCACACUGUCCUGAGAGCACUGGGUGUUGGGAAGGGUUCUGCUAGUAUAUCUUUGUGAUGUAGAUGAAUGUGUCUCAGAAUCUUGUCUUGUAUUAGUUUAGUAGAUGGACACUAGAGACUAUCAUCUUUACAGAUUCAAAGUUUGAGGAGAAUACUCCAUGAGGAUGUUGAAUGUAUUCUCUAUUCUUGUAAGAUUAGCAGUUGUUGGUGAUCAGUACCUAGCACUAUUUCAUAGUAAUAUUCAAACUCCAAUUUUUCAUUUUCAUUUAUUGUCCUUUGUUCCAUAGUGUAUUAGUUACUUCUUGGUUGCUGUGAUAAAAUAUCAUGACCCAAAUCAACUUGGGGCAGAAAGGAAUUACUUAAUCUAAAAGUUUACAGUCUGUCAUUUAGGGAAUCAGGACAGGAACUGAUGCAAAGGCUCUGGAGGACACUGCUUACUGGUUUGCUUCUCAUGGCCUGCACAGCCUGCUUUCUUACACAGCCAGGACAACCAAUCCACCAGUGGCAACCAGUGGGCUGGGGCCUUCCACAUUAAUCACCAGUCAAGAAAAUGUACCACAGACUUGCCCAGAGGCCAAUUUAGUGGGGUAUUUUUUCAACCGAGAGUGUCUCUUCCAAAAUGACUAUAGCUUAUGCCAUGUUAACAUAGAAGUAGCCAGCACACAUAGUGUAAUUCAUCUAGAAAAGACAGAAUAAAAACUUAUUCUCCUUAAUUUAGUAAUUUUCAAGUUGAUAUCUUCUUAAGCACAUUUAACCAUGAUGAUAAGGGAAUUUUUCAACAUCUCUUUUCCUUCCAGAUCUCAUGAAGACUGGACAGAACCCUUUUAGCUACCAUGCCUGGUUUAUUUGGUACUACAUAUCAAACCCAGAGGUCUCAUGCAUGCUAGGCAAGCAUUAUACCAACUGAACUAUAUCCCUGCUCCUAGCAUCAUUAAUUCAUAGGUUUUUCUUUUCUUUUUGGUGGUGUUGGCAAGUGAACUCAGUUUCAUAGACUUGGCAAAUAUUCCAUCACUGACUUAUGCUCCUAACCCUAGCCUGAAGAUUUAAACAUUUGUGUUGCAGUUGAUUAUGUAUUUAAAGAUGAUUGAAUUGUUCCACUAUUGGUUACUGAUACCUCUUCACAGUGGCUGAUUUCUAUAAUUUUUUGAGUUGAUAGAAAAGUAAGAUAAUAGUAUUUAGGGAGGAAGGAGUAGUCAAGGAAGGAGCCAUGGGUUUCUGGCUUAGACUUGUUGAUAUCAUUAAUAUUGAAAAGAGCCCAGACAAAGCACAAGUUUUAAAGAAAAGAUGUAUUUGAGAGCUUAAGAUAGGUGUACCUUUGGUAAGGAUGCCCUGGAAACAGUUAUCAUCAGGACAUGAGGCUCCAAGGAACAGUAUUUGACUUCAGGAUCCAGGAGACAGCUUGGUUUUUUUUGUAUACUUGACUCAGAUUUGAAUUAAAUAUGCCAUAUCUUAUUUGAUAAAGCUUUUAUCUGUUUGCCAACUAGAGCCAAGUUCUACCCCAGAGAAAAGACUCAUUUGCUUUUUCUUCUAUUUUUGGUAAAGAGUAAAGAUAGAGGUUGUUGAUAGUAGAAUUAUUAUCUGGUCAGUUUACAAUCAACUGGUCCUCUUGGUCUUCAACCUUAUUACAUUCAUUCCUCAGUUAGAGGAAAGCUUUGGGUAUGGGUGAGUAUACUUGCCUUAGAAUUGGGACUGGGAGAGCUGGUUUUGGCUUUGCAGAAAUUACCUAAGGGUAGAUUUCUUGGUGAUUGGUUAUGUUCUUGAAUUUUUGUUCCUUUUUUGUUGCUGGAUUCAGGACUGACUCCUCUUUACUUUUUUUUUUUUUGACUGCCUGCUUUUUGUUCAUGCACUACCUAUGCAGUGAUCAUCAAAAACACAAGCAUAGUCUCAGCUAGCUUGGAAUGUAAUGGGGGACAUAUAAUGUGUAUGUUAAUCAAAAGGGCACACAUAAUAUGUAGAAUAUAAUGGUAGGAAAUCUUUCACUUCCAGAACUACAUUUUCAGCAGAAAGUCUAAUAUCAAAUAAGUAUAAAAAUAGAAAGUGUUUCUAUAGCCAGGACCUAUCUAAUACAUGGGUUCGCACAGCAAAUGCCUUCACCUAUUAAACCAGUUCAUUUGUAUUUCUGUAAUAAUUUUCUUACCCAAUUCUGUCACAGUAUUCAUAACAUUAUACUGUCAUUUCUGUGUUUAGUGUAUUUUCAUUACCAAUGGGUUAGUAUUGAGCAGUGGGGAAGUGAGGCUGGAGUGUGAGCGUCUUUAUAACAAGGAUGACAUGUCACCAUACAUGGCAUCGUAGCUUCCUCAUAGCAGAAAAUGUGUUUUUAUAGAAUUGGAUGAAAAUCUCCAGUCCUAAUACUAAUACCUAAGCUCACCUCACCUUUGAAACCAUUAGAGCUCCUUUCCAGCUUGAGGAGUAGAAGGCCUUGAAAUCACUCCUGUACUUACUCCUAUUCUCUGUGGUCAGGAACUUUCCUUUGCAGUCUCAGGCAGUGAUCUUCAUUUCACUCUAGUUUCAUUAUUUCUCUGUAGCUAAAGCAAACCCUUUCUUUUGUCAUGGGAGAUGGUCUCUAUCAAAGGUCUAAUGCAUGAGAACCAAAGUCUUUGGGCCUAUAUUUUCUCUUUUUAUCUUUGCAAGGUUAAAAAAGUUUAAAAUAUUUCUAUAUAUUUGAGUUUCUGAAAUUACCAGAUGUCUCUCUCUCUAUGAGUGGUCCCAUGGCUUGUACUUUGUUUCAGAUUUUCGUCACAUAUUUCUUUUAAACAAGGCUGAAAUGACUGCCAUGACUCAGGAGGCCACUGGAACUACAUAGUGUCUUUGAGUAACAUUGAUGCACUAAACUUCCGUUAGUCUUGAUGCCUGCUUCAGGUUUAGAAUGUGUAGGCCUCUUGGAAACCCUUUAUUUGAAUAAACAAGCACAUGGGAAAUGGCAGUAAGCAUGGCAUUUAAAGAGAGGUCUUACCUCUACCCUGAAGCUACGUGAUGUAAUAGAAGAAGUGAGAAAUUAGAAUGUCCUUCCUUUGGGUCUUGAUUUCCAUCUAUACAGUGAAGAUGUACUGAGUAUCUAUGGCUGGCAGAGGUUCCACCUAUAUCUGGACCAAGUACAGUGCUGGUGUGAGAUUGUACCCAUCUAUUCUUGUCUGGAUUAUAAAGCUAAUAUUAGCAAAUAAAAAAUGUUUCCAACUCAUUUUCUUUCCUCCUCUGUCUUCUUACUCAAAAAUUCCAGUAUUAAAACAAUCCUGAGUGAUUUCUGUUCUCUGCAGUAGCUUUUCAGCAGUGUCCAGAGCCUUAGCUGAUAUCAGAGCUUAUCUGAAAAUCCUGUUUUGUUGCCUAUCAGAAAAUCCUGUAAAGUGUUCUCAAAAAGCUAUGGAAAUGAGAAUAUGAAAACAGCUCUGUGAUCCAAACUAAAUCUUGCCUGUCUUAAAAUAAUUAGUAAUUGAAAUAUAAAAUAAGUUUAUGUUUCAAAUUGUUCUUAGGCUUACAAGUGUAUCAAGAAUUGUUAGGAAGGCCAAGCAUGGUGGCCUAUGCCUUUAAUCCCCACCAUUCUGGUCUACAAAAAAAGUUAGUUCCAGGACAACCAAGGCUACAUAGUGAGAUCUUGUCUCAAAAAAAAAAAAAAAAAAAAAAAAAGAGCAGGGGUUGGGGGGGGACAAAGCCCACGCGGCCGUGUGCUUGUUUGGAAUGUACUUUUGGUUUGAUCCUUAGAAUGCAACAGCAAGGAGACUUCAGCUCUCUGCUUCAGUCUGCUCACUGGGAGCCAGACUGUUUACCUUUUCUCCUAAUGGAGUUGUGGUAGAGAGAGGAGUUUCCAGAACUCAGCUGUGCAGAGGUGUAAAUUAUAAUAAGUCCAUCUCCUUCAGGGAACUAGAAACUGUUCUUUGUAGUUAAGUGUUUCCACAUCUUCCCCCACCUCUCAUGUGCUGAGGAUGGACUCUGGCUUGGUGCAAGCCAAUAAUCAUUCUGUCAAUUAGUGAUGUUCCCAGGCUUCCCCUCAUUCUACUUCCUGUCACUUGAGUCAAAUUAAUCAAAGCAUCAUUAAGUUUGAUGGAAACUGAAAAAUCUUUUGCUUUUUUUUUUUCCUUAAGACAGAGACAGGGUUUCUCGGUGUGGCCCUGGCUGUCCUGGAAUUUACUGUGUAGACCAGGCUCCCUCACACUCAGAGAUCCACCUACCUGGGCCUUUGGAGUGCUGGGAUCAAAGGUGUGUGCCCUUCUGCCCAGCAAAGAAAAAUCUUUUUUUUUUAAAGAUUUAUUAAUUUAUUAUAUUUAAGUACACUGUAGCUGUCUUCAGAUACACCAGAAGAGGGCAUCGGAUCUCUUUACAGAUGGUUGUGAGCCACCAUGUGGUUGCUGGGAAUUGAACUCAGGACCUCUGGAAGAGCAGUAGGGGCUCUUAACCGCUGAGCCAUCUCUCCAGCCCCAAGAAAAAUCUUUUUAAUCUCUUGUUUUAUGGUGAUGGGAAAACUAGUAGAGGGUCUCUACACUCUCUCUCUCUCUCUCUCUCUCUCUCUCUCUCUCUCUCUCUCUCUCUCUCAUGUGUGUAUGUGUGUGUGUGUGUGUCUGUCUGUCUGUCUGUAUCUGUAUGGGAGGGAGUUGAUUGGUUAGACAAGGAGUGCAGUGCAAAGCAUUUAGUUUUAAGUGAACUGCUUCUUUUUCUUGUUUUCUAAAUAAUCGUCUUUUUUUCUUAGCCUUUCUUUGGAAGGUGAUCCUGGUGCAUACUAUUGGUUAGAAAAACCUUUAAUUGUGAUAGGAAUAUUCAUUAUUCAGGUAUAUGGCUGCCAGGUGACAAGUUCCCCUACUAUACAAGGAGAAUCUUCUUAUUUUUUUCUUUCCCUUUUUUUUUUUGUUUUUGUUUGUUUUUUAAGCUAAGCUGGAGAAAAAGAAGCCGUUCUUACAAUGAAAACCAUCACAGUUAUGUAUAUAGCCUUUGUCUUUAGGAAUUCCGUUCUAUUCCACCUUUUCAGUAGAACCUGCCCCCACAGGCACACACCUUUGUGCAGUGCUGGGGAUCAAAGUCAAGGUGUUCCUUAUAGUAGAGUUCCUUUUUCAUGCUCGCCUCCUGAUACCUGAAUGGACAGCUGACGGUUUGGCCAGGUGCCAUUUGCAUAUGACCAGAUUUUCUGCCUCUACAAACCCUUUCUUGUUCAGAGAGUUCAGGAAUCAGGAAAGCUGUAGCAAGGUAGUUACUUAAGGAAUGAAGCAAGAAGCCUACUUGAAAAGAUGCAGCAUUUGGCUGGGGGCAAGAAUUCUAACCUUUGGUUUCCAAAAGGAUUGUGAAGUCCUAGUUCCUUUUCCCACAUUUUUUCAAGUAUGCAUCCACCUGUCCAGAGUAUGGGAGACCGAAAGGUAAAGGGGACCCAGCCCAUAGCGCCUAGCCUCAAUUUUCUCAGAAGAAUUUGCCUGUCAUUAUUUAUUAUAAUGACAAAAACUGGAGAACUCCAACUCUUAAAAAAAAUUAGAAAAAGGGGAGGGGGUGGAGAAAAAAUUAGCAAACCCCUAUGCUUGCCCUGAAUUGUUUUGCCUGAAUUGUCAAGGCUUUAGCACUAAAUUUUUAAUCCAGAGUUUAAGAACAUAGUGUAGCAUAGGGCUUAGGGUGAAAAAGAAAGGAAAACUCUUUUAAAUUUAGUUCUUCAAAAAUGUCUUUUUGUGGUGUUUUGUGUUGUUUUGUUUUUUAGGAUCUGCUUCAAACUAGAGGAAUAUUUCACUUUAAAUGUCCCUGUAUUAGUUGUCAGGAGAGUGUGUGAGGCAGUGUUGUUAGCUGAGGAAAAUAAGUCUAUCAGUUCCACUCAGAUAACCUUUGGUAAUAAACGAACUCCAUGCACACUGUGACCUUAGAGCCUGAACUUUGUAAUCACAUGACCAGCUUGUAAACUGACCUGUGAGGAUGACGGUCGUAGUUCGGCUUAGAGAAAGAAAUUGAGCAAGUGUGGGAAGGGUAGUCAUCAAGCUGAGUUUACCCUGUAAUCUCAGUUUCUUCAUGGCUGCAGCAGAACGUCUCAGCAGACUCGCAGAAGCAUGAAAUGGAGACAUGGGAAGUUUCUGUUCCAGAUGAUCGAGCGGAACAACGAACAUGUCUCAUCUGUGGGGACCGUGCUACAGGCUUACACUAUGGGAUCAUCUCCUGCGAGGGCUGCAAGGGUUUUUUCAAGAGGAGCAUUUGCAAUAAACGGGUGUAUCGGUGCAGUCGGGACAAGAACUGUGUCAUGUCCCGGAAGCAGAGGAACAGAUGCCAGUACUGCCGCCUGCUCAAGUGUCUCCAGAUGGGCAUGAACAGGAAGGCUAUCAGAGAAGACGGCAUGCCUGGAGGCCGGAACAAGAGCAUUGGGCCAGUCCAGAUAUCAGAAGAAGAGAUUGAAAGAAUCAUGUCUGGACAGGAGUUUGAGGAAGAAGCCAAUCACUGGAGCAACCAUGGUGACAGUGACCACAGUUCUCCUGGGAACAGGGUUUCAGAGAGCAACCAGCCCUCACCAGGCUCCACACUGUCAUCCAGGUCUGUGGAACUAAAUGGAUUCAUGACCUUCAGGGAUCAGUACAUGGGGAUGUCGGUGCCUCCACAUUAUCAGUACAUACCACACCUUUUUAGCUAUUCUGGCCACUCACCACUUUUGCCCCCACAAGCUCGAAGCCUGGACCCUCAGUCCUACAGUCUGAUUCAUCAGCUGAUGUCAGCGGAAGACCUGGAGCCAUUGGGGACACCUAUGUUGAUUGAAGAUGGGUACGCUGUGACACAGGCAGAACUGUUUGCUCUGCUUUGCCGCCUGGCCGAUGAGUUGCUCUUUAGGCAGAUUGCCUGGAUCAAGAAGCUGCCUUUCUUCUGCGAGCUCUCAAUCAAGGAUUACACGUGCCUCCUGAGCUCCACGUGGCAGGAGUUAAUCCUGCUCUCGUCCCUCACAGUUUACAGCAAGCAGAUCUUUGGAGAGCUGGCUGAUGUCACUGCCAAGUACUCACCCUCUGAUGAGGAACUGCACAGAUUUAGUGAUGAAGGGAUGGAGGUGAUUGAACGACUCAUCUACCUGUAUCACAAGUUCCAUCAGCUAAAGGUCAGCAAUGAGGAGUAUGCAUGCAUGAAAGCAAUUAACUUCCUGAAUCAAGAUAUCAGGGGUCUGAGCAGUGCCUCACAGCUGGAACAACUGAACAAGCGGUAUUGGUACAUUUGUCAGGAUUUCACUGAAUAUAAAUAUACACAUCAGCCAAACCGCUUUCCUGAUCUGAUGAUGUGCUUGCCAGAGAUCCGAUACAUCGCAGGCAAGAUGGUGAAUGUGCCCCUGGAGCAGCUGCCCCUCCUCUUUAAGGUGGUGCUGCACUCCUGCAAGACAAGCACAGUGAAGGAGUGACCUGUGCCCUGCACCUCCUUGGACCACCCGCGGUGCCUUGGGUAGGCAGGACAGGCUCCAGAGGAAAGGGCCAGAGACCAGAUGGAGACUGUGGAGCAGCUUCCUCCAUCGCAAGGAGACUUGUUUGUUUGUCUGUUUUUAACCUCAUUUUUCUAUAUAUUUAUUUCACGACAGAGUUGAAUGUAUGGCCUUCAACAUGAUGCACAUGCUUUUGUGUGAAUGCAGCAGAUGCAUUUCCUUGCAGUUUACAGAAUGUGAAGAUGUUUAAUGUUACCGUGUUGUCAUUGUUUAGAGAUAGGGGUUUUUUUGUAUUUUGAGGGAGAGGGUGGGAUGGACUAGGUGACUAUUUCCAUAAUGUUGACAAAGACAACUACCUCAGUGGAAACGGGUGUAUGACCAUCCCUACCUUUUCCACACUUUCUCAGCAGAUAUACACUUGUCUGUUAGAGAGCACACUGCCUUUUUUAUAGCCACAGACUUCUGAGUAAAAGAAUACACCAAAGGAGCCAAGUGGUAUAGGGAGAUUGACUAAUGGCCAGUGGGAUGUCUGAGAGGCCAUUUUGAUUUUAAUCCUCAACAUUUGAUGAGGAUUUACCAUCAUCUGGUCCCACAGGCUGGAAGGACAGAAAGUCUGCCCGACCUUCUGCUGCACCCCUCCCCCACACGCUGUUGGCUGUGGCUGCUGCUGUCAUGUUUUCAUCAGGUAGAGCCCUGACAGUCAGUCAGUCUGUAGGGCUUGCCUCCCAGCGCCCUUAUGGCUCAUAGCUGCCUGGUUUCCUGACCCAGGUCUACCAGGCCUACCUCCUUCAGACUCCGUCCCUCCCUCUUAUGAAUUUGACUUCCUGUCAGUCCUUUAGAAAGGCAGCAGGAAAAUGCCAUGUUCUGAAUUCUGAUGACAUUUCUGAUUUGUUCUUCUUUAAAUUGUUUCCCUUAAAAGGUAAGGGGUGGCGAAGGCCAGGCUGCUGAGAGAGUAAAGACUCCUUUGGAAGUCCAUGUUCUCACCCCACCUUAUCCCCACAACCAAAUCCAAAACUGCCAUUUUUUAACAGUAGAAAGGGCCAGAAACUUUGCUCCUAAAUUUUGUUGUAAAGUUCUCCCAUUAUUUCCAAAAUGAGAUGCAUUUGCCAGGCUCUAGAACAGAAAGCCAAGACCCAGAGAAGCCCAGCUAUUCCUCCCAAGUAUUAUCAGUGGUCUGGCCUACCACAGUUUGCAGGGAUGGAGCCAGAAGCACCUAGAAGGGAAAGGGGCUUUAAACUACCUCAUGUUUCUAAGGGCUUGACUGCUGCUUCUGCAGAUGCAGCCUGAACCCCCUGUGCUUUACUGCCUACCCCAUCUAGUUCUAGGAAGAGUUCUUGCCCUCCAGACUUUGGCCAGGACCAACUAGGUUUGUCUUAGAGUUAUUUCAGCUGCUUUCCCCUUUGCCUGUACCAGGCUGUCCUACCACCAGUACCCCAGACAGAUGCUCCACUGGCUUGUAUCCCUUGAUGGGGCCUGCCUCACCCACAUUAUCUCUUUAGCCUGCUUUGUCAGGAACUGUUUACGCUUCCCCAGUGGAGCCUAUUAACUUACCCAGGAGGCCACCGCAUCCUGUGCCUCCUAGGUAGUCUCCACUUGUCAGGUUUUCUCUCUAGUGAAAUAUUACGGGUACCAGCAAAGUGACAAUAUGUCCUUUGAUGUCCAAAGUUCAAAGCAUUAUUUCUUCUCAUCCUUAUUCCCCAGGAGAGAGAGAGAGAGAGAGAGAGAGAGAGAGAGAGAGAUGUGUUCCUCAAGAUUCCAGAUAGAAUGUUUUUCACAUGUUUAUGGGAAGAUAUAUGUAUUGGUGUGUCUGUCUGUUUCUGAGCUCACAAUCUUUUCUUGUUUGCCUGAAUUUUUAUAUUUAACCAACCAGAUCACGUUAUUUGGCUCCGGGUCAGAUUCUCAGCUGCUUUCCUCAAGCUAGAAAUCAGAGACACAGAUCAGAGACAGUGCCUGUGUGCACACAGCAGCUUUCUUUGCUUAGACCUCCAUUUGUCAAAUUGUUAGUUUUUUAAAUUGCUUUUCAAAUUAGCAUUUUACCUGUUGUGUUGGAUGUCAAAGCUCUGAUGAGACAAGAACAUAUCUCUCCAAUAAUGUAGUAUUAAACAGAGCAAGUUGUUAAUUUGUAGAGUGGGGGAAAGGUUCUGCAAGUUGCCAUUGUACAAAUCCAUUUUUACAAAUGUUUGCAGCAGAUUCCACAGAACAAAGAGCCCAUUCAUUGCCAAGAGCCCUGCAGAAUCUCUGAGCCAAGUGGCUGUGUGUUCCGAGCUGGAGCCUGACCUGUGGACCGCCUUUAAUGUCUUCUGCACCCAGGCCUUUUAUGACAUGGGCUUCUUUUAAACAGGGUAAAGUAAAUGUGAUGCAUUGCAAACUCAGGUAUUAUGAGGAGAAGGUAGGAGUGUAGCUAGCAGCGUGGAGACAUUAGGUCAGCCACUAGAUGUAUUUGUGAUUUUGGUUUGAAGGACACAGAGAAAGGUUGGAGGAGGAGGUUUGGUAUGCUUGUUUUUUGCCUUUUUUCCUUAUAAUGUUUGGUUAACAGGCAGCCUUUUAGCUAGUGGAAGAAGGAAAAACUUGUGCAUGUUAUAUCUCAUUCCUCUCUCUCCUGACCCCUCUGACCCAGGCCACUGAAAGUACUCACUUUGAAUGAGAAUUUUUCUACCAUAAAAAUAAUAAAGCCCCCAAAGCCAUGUGGAAAAGGAGAACCCACCUCCUUGCACUAUGCCGAAACAUACAGGUUUCCCCUUCCUUUUCUUAUGUUUACUUUCUUGACCCAAGACUGAAGUGGAGUCUUGGAGCUUUGUAAUUCCUGUUCUCUGCUCCUUUUAUAGACCAUCUGUGUCCUCUGCAAGGUUUGCUAGUCUCACCCUUAGUUUGGAGAAAUUCCCUACACCUCAUCUCAAAGCACUCUACCUGGCUUCGGACACCCAGUGCCCAGGGCCAACCUACAAGUGAAGGAGGCAGGCCUCUAGGGUAGAGGGAAGUAGGCAGGAACCUCCCUGUCCUGAUCUUAGAACAGUGGAAGUGUAGGAGAACACCCACACAUCUCUGGCUUUAGAAUACUGGGGUUUUUUUGUUUGUUUGUUUUUUAAUUGCAGUUGUUUUAAGAAAUUCAUCCUUUUGGACCAGCCGUUCCACUAAACUUGGUUCUUUUUCUUUACUGCUUUUUUUAAACUUGAAAAAAGAAAGAAAAAAAAAAGAAAGAAAAGAAAGCCCACUAACUGACUCCCCCACCUUGGUCUGUGGGAAUGCCCGCACCCUCUGCCGUCCAUCCUCCUCCCUUCUCCUCAUGCAGUGUCUGUGAAGUAGAGUCUUAUCUGUUUCUUAGGAUGAAAAACGGCAAUCAACCCACCAGGUGCUGGAAACUGGUCAGCCUUGAAGCAGGCAUUUCUGGGACCACAGCUCAGGGAUGUGUAUUUAAUUACAGGGUCCCCAGAAAGCCCUCUCUUGGCUGCCACAAGUAGCAUCUUUCCUGGACUUGAGAGUCAGGCCCUGACAACCUCCUCAGAGUGAGCAGCCCCAGGCUGAACUGAAAGCAAGUUUGCCUUGCCUAUUGGUCUGGGCUUCCUCAACACUUUUGACCGUCCUACACAUUAGUCUUUCUGGUGCUCGCUCAUGAGAAGCCUAGACCCUCUGCCCAGGACAAACCCUUUUCUUAUCCGGCAGUCCUAAAUACACCUUGCUUUGGGUGUCAGCUGCAGGCUCAAGUGAAAGAUGUGGGAAAGGCUAGGGCCUGCUCCAAACCCAAGAAAACUGUGCUACUGGUGGAAGCUAGUCUUCUAAACCCUGAAGCCAGCCCUGCCAGCCAGAGGGUUCUCUUGCUCUUUGCUGACCUUUUUCUUAGCCGAAAUAUAAUAGAUGAUAAUGUUUUUUAUCAAGUUUCCAUGGGGGGGAAAAAGACUACCUCUUGAGUGACAUCCUGGUUGAUUCCUCUCUUGAGGAGUCCUGUGGGAAAAGACUGCUGUAGCUCCCGUGCUGUUUACAUGUUUCUGUCGGGAACAAAACCCUGGACUGUUGUGUUUUUGUCUGUGCUGCCAUCCCAGGCCUGUGAUAGGAGCUUGUGGCUGUAUUGUAAUGUCUGGGCAGUGUCUGGGGAGUCCUUUCCACCUGCCCAGCUAGGGACAGGCCAUGGCUGCUAGACGAGGCCUGUACCCCCCUUCCUAUGCUCCAUAGCUUGGAUUUCAGGGACUCUGAUGGCAAGUGAGUGCGUCGUGAACCUACCUCAGGCUACCUCCCAGUCCUCCCACAGUUCUGUGUAGGAAUCGAAUGAAUGGAUGUCUCUGAGCCCUUGUUCCCAAAGGGCCGGCCAAGGGCUGCCUGCCAGCCUGGCUCCAUCAACCCUGCAUGACCAAAUGAUAGUUGGCGGGCUCUGCAGGCUGCUCAGGCCCUCUGCUACCUCCCACACUUGCCUGCUGGCAAGAAGUGGGCCCUGUUCUGUGAAUUGACUACCUGUGGAAAUGUGACCAAUUAGUAUGAAAUGCAUGUUUAGCAAGUGUUAGGUACUGUAUUUGAACCAAUAAAUGUGAAUCCUCUGCA